UUCUGGGAAGCGCUUUCAGCAGGACUCCGCUGAGAGCGUCAAGACUUUCAAGCUUUACRCUUGUGGUAAUAAAGAUCUUUUGAUCAAGCAUUUGCUUCUGCAAUGUAAGAACAGAAAGCUAUGUCAGACAAAGAGGCGGGUGGCCAUGGGGAAAGAGAGAGAGGAAGCAAUAAGAGAAGCUAUUCAGAUGCUCUAGGUGGUGGUGGUGGGACUGCACAAGUUAGUAAUGAUAGGCCUAGUACAACAGCAAAUUCCUACAACAGCCAGCAAACAAGUUCCAGUAAAGGAGAACACCAUGGUGACCAGGAAUUUGUGUUUGUUAUGUUCCACCUAUAUGUCAAUAAAAAUGCAGAGAUGGCUACACUUAUGUUCGAGAAACCGUUGAAAUGUAAUAACAACCUAACAAUUACAAUGGAAAAGGUUGACAGCGAUGGACACUGGACAUAUUUUAAGUCAAGAAAAAUCAGAAUCCAUCCUAACGAAGUAGGGAAUGCGCGAUACAGUUAUUUGGUCACUUAUGCACCAACACGUUUUCAAAGAUUUAAAAGUGUUUUAUUUGAUCAAGAUCUUCGUGCUCAGGAGAAGUCAUCUCGAAAACCCUUUGGUGGAAACAACCAGUACGAUGUGUUCAAAGAUCCCAAGGAUACAGAAAAUAGAUACGAAUGUAUUUUCGCUGGACAGUUUUUUUAUAUAAAAAUGCUGUACGAUCAAGUUGAGGAAAGUGGAAGAAAUCUGAAAAAGAUGAUGAUUGAAAGUGAGCACAUAGGAUUUGGAAGUCUCCCAUUUUUACCAAAAGAGAGGAAAUCCUUUUUUGAUUGGAUUACAAAUUCAACGAAAUCUGGCCUCACCCCUAAAAGAAGUGCUUUUCUGUGUGCUUUAUUGGGCCAGCUUUACAAAAAAAGUGGAGACCAAUGUUGUCUUUCAUUGGUUUUAGAUGAUAGUAAACAGACUGUAAACUCUUUGCUUAUUAAGUUGCGCGAUUGCAACGAAGCAUGUCUACCCUCGAGCUCACUUGAUUUCAUAAAGCACAUUGACUACGACCUUCUUGUAGACAGCUCUUUUUCAAGUGAUCUGGGAUACGUCUUAACCUUUUGUCAUCUGUUUGACAGCCAAACAGUUGUUGAGAGAAUGAAAUGGUUUAAGCACACUUUCACCAAUGACUUUGAUGAAAUGGCGCAAAAAACUGUGAAAAGAAUCCUACAACUUAGAGAGAAGGAAGGUAAAGAGCUGUUGAUAAAGUGCAUUAUAGAGCGCACUCCAAACAUUUCGUCACUUUGGAAAUUGUCAAGGAYUUUGGAGAGCCAGAAUGCCAUGAUGGAUCAGGCUGAUUUCAUUGCCGAUAAAUUCAAGCUCUUUUCCACUUCCGUUUACCGAAAAAUAGAUGUCUUUGAUAAAUCAAUAUGGCAUGAUGCGCCAAAUUCAUUGAAAGGGAGAAUUGCAGUUCCGUUUGCUGAAGAAUUAAAGCGACGUGUAGAAGGCCGAAGCACAAAGCUUGACGAGGAAUCAUUGACUAAUCUCAUGCUCGACAGAGAUCUUCAGUCUGGAGCUAGUGCUGUCUUGGUGGACAUCAUGAAAGUCCUUUCAAAAUCGAAGAGCAGUCUUGAUGUCGUUUGUAAAAUCUUGAACUCGCACAACUUCUUAUCAUUUUGGAAGAAGACCAAAGAAGAAGAUAAGGAAGACAUAAUUUGUUGCCUUGCAUCAACUAAAGUCAAGUCAAGUGUAGAUUAUAGUACACUAAAAAAAGAUGAAGUUGUUAAAGGUUUCCGAGCUCUUGAGGAGCUUUGCCAAAUCGCUUGCUUGCGCAACCAUGAAGACCUUCUUGCAAAGUUCAUUUGCCAAGAAAUGCAAAGAUGUGGUCUCCGAUCUAUUGUUGAUGCUUAUGAUGAAAUUCAGAAGUCUAUGGGAGUAACUGGUAAAGAGUGGCAUUUAAAAACGCUUAUCAACACAGUGCAAGUCGAACAAGCAAGACCAGAUGUCAAGUCUAAGCUAAUUGAUACCAUUUUCMCAACAUUGAAUUCAGGGACACUAACGAUAGAUGGGGGAAGAGAGGAAAUCUUGCUUUUCCUACUUGAUCAAAUAAAGCUUCCGUCAAAGUCUGGAAGUCAAAACCACCAAAAGACCAGCAAUGUGAUCAACAAUGUUUUAUCUGAGCGGAAAUUGUGGGAAACCGUUUUCCAAGCAACGGGGAAAGUACAACGUCUACACAGAAUCAAGACCUUCAAGGAUGUUUUGAGAAGAGUUGCAGACCAAGGCUGCUCGGUAACUUCAAAAGAAUUAGACAAACUCCUUGUAGGUAUAGAGGCAAGUGCUAUUGAAAGAGAAUUCAAAGAUGUGUACGUGAUCCUUAAUAUCCCUGCUUUUUCAAUGGAUGCUACAAAGAUGCUGCAAAACUAUGUUCAAUUUAACGAUGUCGAAAGAAAACUUCAGGUCGCGAUGGAGUGCUUAGAUACUGUAGGGUAUGMAGUUSGCCUUGAAGACGAAGGCAGCUUUCAGAAAACUUUGCAUUCAUUUCUGAACUGUAAAGUGUCAGGGUCUUUAAAGAGUAUYUCUGCAAACAUGGAGAAUCCCACUAUUGUGAAGUUMAACUGUCAACUUUCUCCCGACCUUGUUGACAUCUUGAAUGAAUUGUCACUCGCUAAAGAAUURAUUGAAUUCAUCAUUACAACCGCCAAAGAUAACAUGGUAGACUUAGUUGAAGCCGUAGAAGAACAUUCAGACCAACUUAUUCAAGAGACAACUGUGUCGUACCUCAUAGAUGUCCAUCGGUUUUUGAGAGAACUACUUUCAAACAAGCCUAAAAAGCCAGAAUUGUUCCUAGAUGGGAUAUCCCAGKCAUACAGAAACAUCACGAAACACAGUUCAAGUAGUGCGAAGACAACGAAAAUGGCAGCCAAAAUUAAAGUCGUCAGUUGUAACGUUCAUAGCCUAAGAGGUCUGCACAUGAUGUUGUCAAACAGAGGAGAGAUGACAAAGGAGAUAAUCAAAAGUGCUGUAAACUAUGGACAGUACCUAGUUCGUAUAAAUGAGGACGGAAGUGUGGAGGUCCAAUUGACAUAUAAACGGCAAGACCAGAACAAUAGUGAAGCAAAGUACAAUCAUGAUGAUUUAAAUGAUCUGAGAAGCCGAGCCCUGUUGAUGGUUAACGCUGACAAGUCGCACGUGGAGAAUGUCGAUAUUCAAGCGUCUGUGAUUUCACUCGCAGAUUUGAGAUAUUUUGUUGAGCAAGUUGACCUUCUUACAGACAUUGUUCGCAACUACACAUUUUUGAAAAUGUCUGGAAUGCCUGAUUACGACAAAUCCUACUGGAAAUUGCUGAAGAGCAUGGAUGAAAUCAAAGAAGAAGAACAACGUAUCAGUCGUGAAGUGGAGUGUUGGAACAAAAUGAUAUUUGAGGUCCGUCAGAAGCACUUUUUCUUGAAUUUUGUUCACACAAAGCAUUUCUGGUUGCUUAAAUCGUUUUUCCACAAGAACACUAAAUCUGACAAGKGCUUUUCAGAUGAAGUUCUGGCUAUAUUUCGCCAAAUCGAUAGCGGAGUAAAUGUGGAUGACUUCCCGUAUUUCCAUUCAGAAUAUUUGAAAUCCAUAACGACAAACACAGAACACGAAGUUCAUGCAAUUGGAUCUGCCCUAGAGAGAAUAUUCAAGCAUUCUAAAGUAAAGUCUUUGCCAAUUUUAGAACCGAAUCUUGUCGCGAAAGACGCAGUUGUAGAGCCUUGCAAACUCUAUGUUGGUGUCCUAGAGACCGACAGUGCUCAAACUGUUCACGUCAUCAUGUCCCUUUUUGGAAACACAUGUGCUCGUCUUCCAGAACCUAGCCAGAUUCUAUUUUGCAACCCGCAGACAACAUGGGAUGAAAUAGAAUUACUUCUCUUGCGAACAUUUGAAGCCCAUCGACAUGGCUUUACAAGCAAUCUGCAUUGCAUCGCCAAUGUUGAAUGCCUUCCAAACGACAUUCAGUUCAAACUGGUUGACACUUUGAAACUCAGGACGAGUAACACUGAUGCUCCAUACCGUCUGGCAAUUGUUUGUCGUGGAGGGCCUCAUCAUCAUAUUGCAGAUCAAUUCUCUGACUACGUGCAUUAUCAUGGAGGUAUUGCUGAUGCAGACAUGAGAACAACAUUCGAAGAAAUGUGCCCUAACACAUUCCUUGUAACUGGGGAUCUCCCUGGUCUUGGGAAAUCCGAGGAAAUUUCUUUUCAUGCUGGUGAAAAGGGUAAAGCUGUCGUAACAUUCCCAAUCAGUGGACCCUUUGUCCGUCGUGAUCUUGUCAAAAGACUUUCUGAACUGAAACUCAAGUCUUUCCAAUCGCUCCACUUCGAUAUUGGAGAGGUUGACGACCCAGCAGGCCUAGAUACUUUCUUGUUUGAAUUAGUUGUCACUAAAAUGGUCUCAUCAGAGGCUUUGAUAUUCAGUUUGCCUACUGACCAUGUUUACAUCGAAAUUGCCAAUACCUUGCAACAAGGAAUGAGAAACUCCCUUCCAGUAUGUAAGUGCUUUAAAAGGUUGAAAGUGGAUUGGAAAAACUACAGUAACUUAAGGAUAAGCGAGGAACUAACAAGUCCUAUUCAGAUUGUAUGUCACUAUUUAAGUGCCUACGACAGUGGAAAACUCGAGUACCAAGAGGUGAAUUUAAGUGGAAUAAACAAUUCCAAACCACUUAGUUCUUCAAAGUGCCAGGCGCUUUUGAGAAAGCAUUUUUUUCCUGGUGGCGAUCCGUCUUUCAACAUUCUCGAAAACUUCCUAUCUGUCUUGGCAUGUCAACUUCUAAAGUUUUCAAGGAGCCCUUAUUUCAAGCCUAAACACCUUAAAGAUAUGGUUGGACAAAACCAUGACAUUCGUAUACGUCUUUUCAAAGCGUUGCUCGAGGUUUCCACUAGUUUCGCUGCAAGAUCCGUUAAUGCAUGUAAGGCAACCCAGAGUGAUGCGAUCAGCGAAGUUCAGGCUAAAAACGCUUUGGAAAAGAUGAAAGCAGGAGGAGCUAUAAGUGCUGACGAAAUGGUGGACAGGGUUAAAGGAAUGAUUCAGUGGUCUGACAACCAACAGCUUGUACUCAUGCUGCACGGAGCUGGUUCCAUCACAGCGAUUUAUCGAGAUUUGAAAGAUGUACCGAAAAGCGUUAAAGAUCUUUUCAAGAGUCAAGCAGURCAUGGUAAGGAUCUGGAGGACUACUCAAAAAUGACACAGAAGGAGCUACAGAGCAGAUUGGAAAAGUUUUCAGAUGCUCCUACAAAUGUAGAUAGGGAAAAACUAGCGUCCUUGAAUUAUGCACUUACCCCAGACAACCUACUGAAAAUGGCCUUAAUCAUUCAACGGAUGCAAGCAGGUAUUCCUGUUAUCAUUAUGGGAGAAACUGGAUGUGGUAAAACAAGCCUCGUGCGAUACCUUGCCCAGACUUGUGACAUCCCCUUUGAUGUGCUCAGCUUCCACGCAGGUAUAACAGAACRGCAAAUCACUGAAUUCAUUUAUUCCAAAGACAAAGAGGCCAGAAAUCUUCAAAAAAAAGGAAAGUCGAUGUGGGUGUUUUUGGAUGAAAUCAAUACUUGUGACUAUCUGGGAACCGUUAAUGAGAUUGUGUGCCAUCGUUCUAUUCAAGGUAGACCAUUGGCGUCAAACCUCAUUUUUGUUGCUGCUUGCAAUCCUUAUCGUCUCCGCCCACCUGGGCGUAUCAUGACAGCUGGUUUAACUGGAAAGACAUCAUUUGAUGAGUUUUCAAAGCUGGUUUAUCGAGUUCACCCGUUGCCCGAAACGAUGAUCGACUAUGUUUGGGAUUAUGGAUCACUGAAUAGCAAAGAUGAAAGGGCAUACAUUGGUCGUAUGGUAGAGAGAAUGUUUGAUGGCGCUCAACGUGAUAUGCUAGUGGAUUUGCUGGCCACUUCACAACAGUUUAUCAGAGAUGAAGACAAGAGUUCCUUCUGUGUGAGUCUUCGAGAUGUACACAGAGCCACAAUUCUGAUGAGGUGGUUUUAURAAACGUUGAGCAAUCGCUCGCACACUUGUACCAGUCAUCMGUCACACACUGCUAAGUACUUUCAUACAGCACAACAAUUUACAAAUACUSAGAAAGCAAUUGUACUGGCUCUUGCACACUGCUAUCUCUCAAGACUCCCAACAACAGAGUUAAGAAACAGCUAUUGCAAACAGAUGACUGUGAUACUUGAUAAACAUGGAUUGAACAGSUUUAAGAAGUUAGAAGAUUCAUUCCAAAGUAUCAUCCGAGCGGAGCAGGAAGAUUACCUAUUAAGAAUGGAGCUUCCUGAAGGAACAGCAAAGAACGCUGCUCUUCGUGAAAACGUUUUUGUCAUACUUGUUUGUAUUCUAAACAGAAUCCCUGUGUUCAUCGUUGGAAAACCAGGAUGCAGYAAAUCCCUCUCCAUGCAAAUCAUUAGAAGUAAUCUGCGCGGAAGAGACUCUAAAGAUCCAUUUCUGAAAACACUCCCGCAGCUAAUGGUUGUAUCUUUUCAAGGCUCUGAAUCGUCGACCUCUGAAGGUAUUGAGAAGGUGUUUGAGAAAGCAAGGAAGUACCAAUCMAAAGCUGAAAAUGUCCUWCCUGUCGUSCUUYURGAYGAAAUUGGACUAGCAGAGAUUUCAAAGUUUAACCCACUCAAGGUCCUUCACCGUCUACUUGAACCGGGCGAAGGCAAAUUUCCCGAUGUAGCCGUUGUGGGAAUUUCAAACUGGGCUUUAGAUGCUGCUAAGAUGAAUCGUGCCAUUCAUCUGUCUCGUCCGGAACCAGAUAAGGAUGAUCUUUAUGAGACUGGUCUUUCUAUCCGCAAUGCACAAGUUARACAUGUAACAAGGUCCUUGUCAUCAGAUCCUCAAAUACGUUGCCUUGCAGAGGCAUAUCAUGAAUACCAGGCCAAGCAAAAACAUGAAAACUUCCAUGGUCUGAGAGAUUACUAUUCUAUGGCUAAGUGCYUGUCWUGUCGAGACCCAGGUGAAAACAGCACAAACAUCCAGCGAGCCAUGCAAAGAAACUUUGGUGGUAUUACUGCAGGCAAGGGUGACCUUCAGUCAGCAUUUUUACAGAAACUCAAAUUAUCUCAAACAAUUGGUGAUGUUGAAGAUUUCCAUGUUACCGACCUGAUCGAGGGUAAUCUGAACGACAGAAUGGCACGCCAUUUAAUGCUUAUCACGAAUGGAGAUUCAGCCAUUGGAAUUCUCGACCAAACCUUGAAUGAUUUGAAGAAGGAAAAGAUCACAAUAUUUGGAAGCCGUUUUGAAGAAGAUCUUUCGGCAGACUACAGUCACCGUAUUCUUAGUCGAAUUAUUCUUUGCAUGGAACGCAACUGCAUCUUAAUCCUACGUGACUUGGAAAGAAUCUACGGAAGUUUAUACGACAUGCUGAACCAAAACUACAUGGURGUUGGGGGGAAAAAGAACUGCAGAGUUGCCCUGGGGGCAUUUAGCAACCCAAUGUGUCAAGUAGAUGACGGCUUUAGGUGCAUUGUGCUUGUUGAUGAGGAUAAAGUUGACUACUCCGACCCACCCUUCUUGAAUCGCUUCGAGAAGCAGCUGCUACGAUUCUCAGAUAUCCUUGACGACAGACAAAGGACGUUGAUAAAGGAGAUGGGAGAAUGGGCAGAGAGCAUUUCAUCUGUACAUGGUCAUGAAACUAAAUUUGACGAGUUUGACAUGUUUGCUGGAUUCCAUGAAGAUACUCUACCUUCCGUUGUACUUUUGCAUAGUAAAGAGGCCGAAAGAUCUGACGAAGACGUUUUAGAAAGAUGUAAAGAUGAUCUGAUGACUAUUGCUAUGCCAGAUGCCGUUAUUCGAAGUCGCAAUUCCAAACUUAAUCAWAUGAAUGAUGAGGAAGUUAAUAAGCUUUACCAUAGCUACUUUGAGAAGCCAAUCCAUGAUGGUGUGAAAACAUUCCUGGAGCACACCUUUGAGAAUCAUCAAAAAGGAGAUCAUGGUUCAGCUGGUAUGAAGCUUCUCAUCAUGACACACAGCAGCAUUCAUAAUGAUGUGUCUAAAUCCAUCGACGAUCUUUUCGAGGUUCAGAUUGAAAAACUCAGCUUUUUUAAGUCUGAGAAAGAGUUGUCUAAACGAAUUAAAUACUUCUGGUGGGAGUCCAARGCCAAUCUUCUGGUAGUCCAAUGCAGACCAGAAACAGAUGCACCUCACAUGCUAUUGGUGAAAACUAUCAUCGAAGAACAGCGUACAGCAUUCAUUAACUCUCCUCAAAGCUCAAGUGAAAAGCAUGUCUGUAUUGUGGUGCAUCUUCGUCGCUCAGUUGAAGAAGAAUGURACUAUCGAUGGCAGUUUAACUUCUUAAGUGGUUGGUCGCAAGUGAUGAUUGAAUGCCUUGAGAAGCCAGUUGUACUAAUCAGAGAAAUGCUGGAGUACUCAGUUAUAGAUGUUCUUUUGAAAUCCGAAACUGUUCCUUUYCACAAAGUAGCAACUGAUCAAGUCUUAUGGUGUUUCACUCAGAUCAGAUUUCCCACUACAAAACCUUGCAAUCUUGAUGCCAUUUCUGGUCUGAUCAGCGUUAUGACGUCAUGUCCAGACGUUAUGAAUUGCUUCAAGGAAUUAUGUUGCAGUUGGAUUGGAAAUCAGCAAGAAGGUUCUGAAACCACAUGGCAGAUUGAUGUUGCUUGUGACCGACAAGCAUUAAUCAACUCAUCGACCCUCGUGAAGGCCAUGGAAUAUUUCAUCAUACACAUUGUGAGGCUUCCAUUWGCUCGAAUCAUCUAUUUCCUACAAAAGCAUUCUGCUUUUCAAGCUUUGACUGGAAAUGAUGCAACUCGCCAAGAAUGUCUGAAAUUAAUAUCUAACGAAAGCGUGUUUCAGAUAAAUAAAAUUCCGCCUCCCCAAGGAGCAGAGUCACUAGUCCUGUNAGAGAAAGGCAAAGAAAUGCUUCUUGAAGAUCUCGAGGUCGGGGCGUUGCAACAACCCCAAAACAAAAACAGCUCUGAUAUCGAGUCUAGCGGUUUUCCACAAGAGCAGUCUAAAGAUGAAGGCAAGGAAAUGCUUGUUGAAGAUCGCGAAGACGAAGCGUUACAGCAACUCCACAACAAAAACAGCUUUGAAAUUGAGUCAAGCGGUGUUUCACAAGAGACGUCUGAAGAGAAAAACGAAGAAAUAAGUGCUCAAAAUCUCGAGGACGAGACAUUGCAGCAAACCCAUAGCCACGAAAACGUCGAUGAURCAGCUAAUACGAACAGUGAGCAAUCKACAGUGGACAAUGCAGGUGACGCAGARAGCAMCUUCWWUCCCGAGUCUGUGUUUGAAUAUUUUGUUGUGRAARAMGUGUGUUUGUCACUUAUUCCAACCGACAAUGUURUUCAGUUAUUUGGAGGAAUCUCAAAGUGGAAGAGUGCAGUGAGCCUUGUACUGUCCUCGGUAUCGAAAUAUCGUAUCCCAAUUGAAGUAUCGUAUUUCUUGAAAGUUUGCAAUGAUUUUGCAAACYUGAUUCCUCUUGAGACAGAGCCCUAUUCGCUCUUUGAGAUUGGAGAGCGCGGGGAACAAGUGGACAAUCAAAACUAUCUUGAUUCGGRAGAGAUUUUUCAAUCGGUGUGUGACUCUGUCCAAGUUCUUCGAGACAAAGGACACGAUGAGACGAAGCUSAAUGAAUUUCUCUUCCAAUUUUAUGAGAGGUGUAUAGAAUCCAAUCCAGACUCACCAAUGAUGGGAGAAAUAUUGUCAAGAGUAUCCUUAUCUGAAGACGCAAAUAUGCUCCACCUKGCAAGUUCCAUUUUACACCAGAUACUCCUUUCUGAGAAUGACGCGUUUGCACCCGAGCACCUAGAGAAAUUGAUAACUUCARCAGAACUUGACGAGUUUCCCAAUUUAAGCGAAAUUAAUUUCGCGCUUUCUCUUCAAGAAAAUGAAAAAGAACUUGACUGUCACGUCAACGUGAUUUGUUGUGAUUUGAUCAACAAACUAUACUUCAAAGACCUCAAUUUCCAAGACGUGACCAGCUCAAAAGAUGCACUUGUGCUACACUUUCAUCAAGCUGUUUCUAUUUUGUCAGAAACCGAUGAAAAUCUCAAGACAACUAUGUUUCGAUUUAUUUGUGCUGUUGCCUAUCUGAGAGCAUAURUGUCGGAGUUGGCCAGAUUGCYGAGUGGCGAGACGAAAACUUUAGAKCUURUCUUAAGUGAUAUCUGCGUACAUUUGCAAGAUGRUGAAGAGCUKCAGMAGAGGAAGUYAGUCGUUUGGACUUUUCUUAUAAAAGAACUGUGUCAAGUGAUGUGCCUGUAUGAUGUUAAGAAAUUAAUCCAGAGCAAUGAGAAAACMCAUCCCUUGAUGUCUCUCGAAUGGAAAGAAGAGGAUACAUGUAAAUUAGAGUACAACCCUUUCAAGUUGCAAACAGCAAAGUCCAAGAUAGCAACCGCACUGGGCAUCUACGUGGAAAGCAAAGAUUCAAAGCCAUUUACAGAUGCUCUUGAUUCUAUCAUGACAUCAUGCGAGAAAAGGCAAGAACUUGCCGCCAUCGCCAUUGAAAUGUUCUACAUUGUGCGUUCCUUUCGAAAGCUGAAAGACACAGAGGACAGUGUAGCAGAGUUUGUAACRAAAAGUUUGACCAAGUGUACUCUCCCAUACAAGAAUUUCAUUUCACGCAUUUCCAGUCGACAAAGUUUUCAGUGCAAGGAAUUGGAAAUCUCAUCGGAGACCACAACGAUUGAUUUUCAAGUGGCAUGUCUCGUCCAGCAUUUGUGCGCCAUCUUGACCUCGCGUUUUGUCGGAAAAAGUACAAAUCCAAUCAUGUGCUGUCURGUCGAUCCCAAAGCACUCAAAACGUCAUGUAUGGUUGCCUUACCUGACGAUAACUCAGGAUACCCACCGUACAAACACUUCAAGAGCAACACAGCCUGUGAGAUCCAUUUAUUUUCUUGCAAAUGUGGCAUUCGUUAUGUUUCUCGGGAAUCAGCAGGUGCAAAUUGUCCUUUUUGUGAUUCUCAUAAUAAAAAGGAAGUCGUGAAAUGUACAGGGCAGAAGAUCCCUGCAACCAAAGGAUAUGUCUACAUAAGUCCAGAGGAUUUGAAAUGUGACUUGCUCCACGUCCGAAAUCUUGAUCCUGUGGAGUUCCGAAUUUUACAUUUGAUCGUCCAUGCUGCUCUGCUUGGUGGCUACUCCUUGGACUUGUCAACCGKUGUAYUGAGCGAUGUGAUGGGAGAUGAAAACCCAUCAGACACCUGCUACAAAAUCGUACAGAUUGACCUAGAGGCCCUCAGCAGCUUGUUUUGCUGUAAAAAGGAAAAGAUUGUGACCCUUUUACAUCAUGUCAUCGAGUCGGUGUCCCAGAUUUUAACCGACAAUUCUGGCUUGCCCAUUCCUCUCGAUGAAAAAGGAAGGUCCUCUUGGGAGGGCUACUUUUCAAAGAAAGUGAAACCAGUGCUCGAGAAGUUUCAUUGUGGUGGCUUUGUUGAAAAAGACAACCAACAGUCUUACACAGCGGUCAUUGAAGAGCGUCAGUUGCCUCAGUUUGCCGAUAUCACUUCAAGAAAUGCGUCYAUCCCUCGAUUAUUUCGUGUGACACAGCCAAACACGUUUAACAAAUUACGCGAAGUGUAUUUUAACAGUCCUACAGAAUUAAAAGAAAAGCACCAGCUUCUUGGACUGUUUUUGGACCACCAUGACACCCUUCACCUAAUUGGAAAUCUUGUCUCUCUACUUUCGUGGAGCCGCCGUGUAGGAAGCUUGCUUAGCCGGGCCAUCACAAGAAAAGACGCCAAAGAAAAGAAAAUCUAUGAUGUUGUACUCAGCAAGGAAUCACAGACACCAAAUGAAACUAAAUUGAGUAAAGCAUUUGAAGAAUUCAAAAAGGCAUGGAGAAAGGUUGUUCCGCUGGUAAAUGAAAGUAUUCAAGAUGGCGACGAGAUGCCUUACAUCAGUGAAAUCAAUCCUGUUGGRUACUGUUUAGCUGAAAAAAAUGACCUGGGSCGGUACUUGUGUAAAAGUUUUUACAUCCUUGCMAAGAUGCAGAAUACGUUUCUGGAUAGCUGCCUAGCCAUUGCAUCAACUGGAAAGUGUCCGGCUCUUCAUUUCUUAUCCAAGGAAGGGUCUCCCUAUCACUUACCAAUAAUUCACGUCCAAGAUGCAAAGGAGAAAGAGAUYAUCAAUUAUGAAUGGACGGAUAACUUCCUUGCACACUCGCACUGUUCAACAGAGUAUGGCCAGGGAAAGAGCAUAACUUACGACAUGACAAAAAUGGAGAAGGAGUUGGCUGGCUGCUUUCUUCUGGGMAAARCUUAUCUGGAUACGGCGAGUGGUAUWCGCGAAUUUGUGUUCUCCAAGCAGCUCUUCCAUGACUGUGCAAACAUACUCAAUGAGUUGUGUGAGUCCAUCCCACAAGAUAAACUYCCAAGCAGCGUGGAGGCAGAACUUAACAGUUCAGCAAGGAAAAGCAUGGACCGAAUUCAAACUCUCCUGGGGCACAUGGAAUUGGUGCUGUGGUAUCUGAAAAGGAUGGAAGUGAAGCCAGACAGAAGCCUUGUAGAGUUCUCUGACACUUGCAUUCCUCCCUCAAGAGUAUUUCCAAAAGAUCUCCUACCGACUACUUUGAACACGAUUCAAAUUAGACAUGUCUGCGCCUUAUAUGAGUUCGUGGAGGACCAAUUAGCAGCUCCUUCAGUGGAAUGUGUUGAAGAAAGGUAUCUCCAAAAGAUGCCCGAUGGGACGAAAAAGAAGCUAGAAGAGAACAGUGCUACCUUUGAGAAAGUCAAACUGGAAGCAGCCAUAACCGCAAUUAAAAGGUUUGUUUUCAGGUAUCUUCACAUGAAACCACACCCCGACGAAAGUCUUGUGGAGUCGAUGAGAGAUCCUUCUCUUUGGCCGAUGGCUUUAAGAGCUCGAUCCGAUGACAGCACUUUUGAAGUGCCAAAAGAGGCUCUGAAGUUCUUCCCCAAAGAAUUAAAAAUUGGUGAGAUUUACGAGAUUCACGCAUUCUACGAGAACUUACUGAAAAAGCUCAACGCAAAGUUGGCUCAUCCAAGACCCACCACAUUAGCUACAGCUACAAGAGCACCAAGGACAUCCCGCAGACCAGGCAAAAAGAGAGUAAUGAAAUCUGGCGGGUUUUCUUAACAAGCUUUUUUUUUGCUAAUUCGUUUCGAAUUGUUUUACCUUUAUUAAGUACUGAUUCAUAUAAUAUUUUUAUUAAGAUCAACAACAGUUUUAGCUUAGAGUAGUAGGAAAAGGCAACAGGUUACUAGUGAAACUAUACAUUCUUCAUUAUAGCUUUCGUUUUUCUCAAGUUUUAGAAUUUACUCAUUAUUGUAAUGAUACAUGGCACACUUAGAAGCCAAAAACAAAUGUCUUUUUUAUAAUUUCUUCUAGAUGUGAAUGAUGACUUUAUGCAUUCAUAGGGAUAGUUUAUAGCGAGUGUUUUGUUGUUCUAAUCAAAUCAGUAAGUAGCAGAUUUAAAAUACAAUUGACGUGGCUCUCUUCCUCAGGGCCUAAUGAAUAUACAUAUCUAAAAUACAAGUGUUAUAGUUGUCGGCAAUCAUUUUUCUACCUUACAAGAAUUUAAGUUGGUUACCGGUUUUGAAAUUAUAGUUCAUCAUUUUGUAGGGUGUUUUUAGUAUUGUAGUUUCCAAAACCGAAGCGUAGAAAUUGAUGUCCUUGCAUGGGCGUAUCCAGGAUUUUCAUUGGGGGAUCCUUACAUACCAAAUUGUCACUGUGCCGGACGUCAUUUGACGUCAAUAUAAUGUCGUAUAAAUCUAUGGUUUUCACGCUGUUUUGGCUUUGAAAGGGGGGGUCACGGGCACCAUGUAACCCCUCCCCCUGGAUGCGUCCCUGUCUUGACAUUGUGCAGGUAAUAUUGCUGUAAGUUUCCAAAGGCCAUUUCCACGAUGUCAUCGUUUUUCUACUGCUCAGAGCAUAUUCAUUCUUCCUUGCAAAGCAUUCUGGUAGUUGUAACAAAUGAAGACAUCGUGCUAAACUUCUAUUAGGUAAUUUGAUUGCACCUGAAGCAUUAAAGAGAUUUUAAUCAUA